AUGCCUGAAAUCAAUGAAUCAAAAGUUGAUAAUGAUUGUAGGGCAUCAAAAAAGUCCCUAUUAUUACCAUCUUUUGAAAAUAAUACUUUAGAAGUUGAAAAAAAUAGAUCUAGAAUAAGGAGUUUUUCAGUUUUUGACCAAAAAUCUGCUAGUCUCCGUCAACAAGAUUAUUCUCUAAAUUUUAAUAAUUCUUUACUUAAUGUUCCUGGGAUGGCUAGAUCUAAUUCUAUAAUGUUGUCACCACAUCAUCAUCCACCUGAACAUCGUCGUUUACCACAUUCACCAUAUGAUAAUGGAAUACCAUCAUCAACUAAUAACAGAGGAAGUGGAUAUUCACAUCAUUUUCAUUCACCAUCAGUUUCACAUAAUGGUUCAUAUCUUGAUGUUAGAUCAUCAUUAAAUUCAUCAAAUUCUUCAUUAGCCUCAUCACUUCAUCCAAGUGGUGGUAGAAGAAAAUUACCCAUAGCACCAGAUGAAAUAAGUAGUGGAGGAAUUGAUGGUUUUCAAUCACCAAGAAGAUGUUCAUCACCAAGAUUAUUACCUACUUCACCAUGUAUAUCACCAAUGGCAAAUAGUCCAUCACCACCAUAUCAAUUUAAUAAUUAUCAAUCAAAUGAAAGAAGAUCUUCUGGUAGAAGAUUACCAGAACCACCAGCAAUUCAACCAUCAUAUAAUCAUCCAAAUAAAAAUAAUAGUAAUAAUAUUAAUAAUGUACCUAAAAUAAAUAAUUACCCAAAAUUACCAACUAAUUCAUCAAUCUAUUCUGUGGAUUCUAUUACACCAUCAACAUACACACCACCAUCAGAUAUUUCAAUGGAUAAUUUUCAUAUUUCAUCUAAUAAUCCUAAUAAUGAUUUAUUAGUAAGAAGACAAUUACCAAUGAAAAAGACAUCAUGUAUUAUUCAACCAACAACACCAUUUCAUUAUACAAAACAUCCCAGAAGAAAUUCAACAACGCAACCAUCAUUACAUAUAAAUCAACCAACAGAAAAUAUCUUUCCAAAUAACAAUGAUAACCAGAUACAACAACAAAAUUUAUUACCAAAUCCAUUUGGAAUAACAACAAAACCAAUAACUAAAUCAGAAUCAACAUUAACAGGUACCUCAACAACAACAAGUAGUAAUGAACCAUCAAGACGUUCUUCAAUUGUUCAGGAUAGAGAUGCUUUCCGUUUUCGUAAUGGUUCUAUGGCACAUUUAUUUGAACAACAACAUUUAAUACAAAUUCGUGAUAAAUCUCCAAGUAGAACAUCAACAUAUACAUUAGAAAGUCAAUACUCAACAGACCAGUUAAAUUCUAUAUCAAGUGCCAAGUCUAGAGGUAGUGUUGAUAAGGAAGAAGAUGGAAAUAUAUCAGUAGUUGGAAGUAUCUCAUCAUCUGGAUCAGCUGUUGCUACAAGUGAGAAUAGAAAACCUGAAAAUUUAGGUCUUGAUCCAUCACAUUAUAUUGGAAAAGAAAAUAAACCUGAAGUUGUUGUUUUAUCAGCAUCAGGUCAAAGAGUACUAAUUAAUGAAGAUGAUAAACCAAAAGGAUUAGGCCUUGUUACAUGUACACUUCAACAUUUUCCAAUUAGAAAAAGACUUCGUGUUACAGUUAUAAAAGUUGAGGGACUUGCAGGUGAAUUAAAACCAAAUUUAGAAAUUUUACCUUUUUGUCGGGUAACUUUACACCCCGGUAAAAGUACUAAAAGUCAAGAUUCUGUUGUUAAAAGAGGAAGAGAUGCUGUUUUUAAUCAGGAAUUUUUCUUUGACAAUGUAACUAUAGAUGACUUGGAUACAAAAUAUGUCCAGGUAGUAUUUCUUCAUCAAUCAAGUCAAAAACUUCAAAAAGACAUUGAAAUAGGUGAAUUUAACAUUGAAUUGAAAGAUUUCCCAUUAUUACAUGACAAGAAAGAGGUAAAAAUAGUUGAUGAAUUGAAAGUCAAAUUUAAUACAAAGAAGUUAGGAAAAAUAUAUUUUUCAACACAAAUAUCAAAAGAAGGAAAAACAUUAACAAUAAAUGUAAAUAAAGUUGAAGAUCUUCCUAAAUGGGGUCUUAUUGGGGCACCGGAUGUAUGUGUUCGUGUAACAGUAAUUCAGGAAGAGAAUAAAGUUCAAACAAAACAAAGUCGUGUUUUAAAAAAUACGUGUAAAGCUGUUUACCAAGAAAGUAUUAUGUUUUUAAUUAGUACUAAAAUGAAUGAUUUGAGGAAAACACAAAUUAUUGUUAGUGCUAUUGAUAUGCAAAGGGAUGGUAUUGGAGAUUCUAUUAUAGGAUCUGCUUAUCUUGGAGCCAUAGCAAUGGAUAAAUCUGAAAUUGAUCAAUGGAAAAAUACAAUAGAACACAUUGGAAAAGAAUAUAAAGCUUCACAUCAUUUAAAGUUAGAACAACCUGAAGUUAAAGAAUAUAUUGAAAAUGAUACUGUAGAAAAAAAUGAAACUAAAAAAGAAUUGGGUAUAGAUGAUUUUGAUGAAUGGUUAAAAUAA